GAGUUUUUAUUUAAAAAAAAAUUUUUCACGACAGUGGCCUUUUAAUUAAUUGUAAUAUAUUUAAUUAAUGCGUAGAGGAAGUAGAGCGGGAGUAAAUAUUUUAAUUAUAGUGACAUAUUAUAAUUAUUGUGAAUGAAAGUGAUGGAGAAAGCGUUUGGAUCUGAUAUUAUACGAUAAAGUCCGUUAAUCGUCGGCUGUUGAUCGACGAUGCACACAACCCGCGGCAGUAUGGACUGACGUUCUAUCACAAGAGGAUUCGUUUAACGUAAAUUCUUUUUUUUAUUUCUUUAUUUUUUCUUUCCACAUUCUUGUGGAUCGAAAAUAAAUUUUUGAACUUAGAGCCGAGCCAUGACUUAGCAGUGACAGACAGUGACUCGUUUCGUGUUAAAUAUCGCAACGGUGUUAUAUAAAAUAAUAAUAUUAUUUUUAAAAUAUGAUAAUAAAAUGGAGCUGAAGUUUAAUAAAUAAUGGUGUCAUAAAAUAACACAUGUUUGUUAAAGUUUAUGUGAUUUAAUUACUCAGGUGUUAAUAUUACCAAUCGUUAAUCGAGAUCAUAUCUUGUUGUCUUGUGUACACUAUAAAAAAUACCGUCUGCUACAUAUCUAUAAAUAUAUACCUAUAUAUUUGUUAAAUAACUGUAGAUAUAAAACCGUCUACUGAUUACACUGAGAGUUCUCGCGGCGGUUGAAGAGUUCUGGUUUGCCGGCAGUCUUAUAAAAUUCAAAAUUAUUUUUGUGGGUUUACAAAAUCAUGAAAAAAGUUAAAUCUAAAAUUUUUCUCCUAAGCAAAUGGUAGAUAGUGAAAAAAAACUUUUAAAAUAGUUAACUAAUGAUUGACGCGCAUCAACUAGCUAGUGACUUAUGACCUGGUGUUACUUGAUCAAUUACGCCUCGUUAGCGCUUGAUCAAGUUCUUUUAUUAUAAAGUUGUUCUCAAAGACUUGGAGCAAUAAAAUAUCCGGACAAUUUUUUUUAUAUAUAAUAAGCCAAAAAAAAAAAAUAAAUUUGAGAUGGAAAACUCUGAAAGAUGGUACUUCCAUUGGGCAGACUGGUUGGUGUUUGGUACAAUGCUAAGUUUUUCAGCAGGAGCUGGUAUCUGGCACUUCAAAAAAGCUAGUCAGUCAACGACACUCGAGUACUUGCUUGGCAGAACAAGUUUGAAUGUUUUUACAGUAUCCGCUUCUCUUAUCGCCAGCUUUAUAUCUGGAGUUACGAUAUUGGGAACGCCUGCUGAAAUUUAUAAUUACGGUACACAGUAUUGGAUAACAAUAAUAGCACUUUUAUUUUGUGGAAUUAUUGUUACUUGUGUUUAUUUACCAGUAUUUAUGACUUUACGUUUAAAUUCUUGUUAUGAGUACUUAGAAUUGAGAUUUAGUAGGUCAGUUAGAUUAUUAAUUUCACUAAUUUUCGUAGUUGAUGUGGUACUUUAUCAAUCAAUUGUCGUUUACGUACCAGCGCUCGCUUUAAAUCAAGUUACGGGAAUAAAUGUGUACCUAAUCGGCGGGAUCGUGUGUUUCGUUUGCGUAUUUUACACUGUUUUGGGCGGAAUCAGAGCUGUCGUAUGGACAGAUGCUUUUCAAGUUGGAAUAAUGAUUGCCGCAGUUCUAACAGUCACUAGUCUGGGUACUUAUGAAGUUGGUGGUCCGUCAGAAGUAUGGAAAAAAGCACUGGAGGCCAAGAGAAUACAAUUUCUAAACUUCGAUCCUUCGCCGUACACAAGGCACACUGUUUGGUCGGUUUUAAUUGGAUCUUGUCUUUAUAGUACGUCCUACAUCGCCGUUAAUCAAACAAUAGUGCAGCGUUAUAGCUCGCUCCCAACUAUGAAAGUCUCAAAAAUAGCAAUAGGAAUUUUCACCAUCGGAAUAAUGCUUUUUAUUUCACUGACAUGCUGGUGCGGUCUUGUUUUAUUAACAUGGUGGUCACCGCCAAAAUGUGAUCCAAGAGCCUCAAAAUUAAUUGAAAGAGAUGAUCAAAUGCUGCCUGCUUAUGUUAUGCAGAUCGCUGGUCAUUUGUACGGAAUCCCCGGAUUAUUUACUGCCGGCAUAUUCAGCGCCGCCUUGAGUACUCUGUCUGUAGGCUUGAAUUCAACCUCUGUCGUACUUUUAGAAGACUUUGUAAAAGGAUUUUUUCGUAUGAAACCCAAUGAUCGCGUUUCGACGAUUUUUGUUAAGACUGUCGUUAUAUUUCUCGGAUUAUUCGCCAUGGGUUUUUUGUUCGUUAUUGAAAAACUUGGCGGUGUAUUGGCAGUCACUGGAAGUCUCUCCGCGAUAGCUGCAGGCACUUCUUUCGGGGUUUUUACCCUGGGAAUGUUAAUACCCUGGGCUAAUUCAAAAGGCGCGCUCGUGGGUGCGAUAGCAGGAUUUCUGAUAUCCGGAUGGUCUAGUCUCGGAGCCAAUGCAAUGAUUGGUACUGGCGCUGUUAUUCCCAAGAAACUUCCAGUAGAUUUUAGUUACUGUUCCGGAAAUGUGAGCCAAAGUUUUAUAGAUCAAUUCCCGGUUGAUCACAACGAGGAUGAUGUAUUCCCGUUGUAUCGGUUGUCCUACCACUGGUUCGCCGGCUUGGGAACGAUCACAGUACUAAUAGUGGGAGUAAUUGUGACCUGGAUAACAGGACCAGAGGAUAUAAUAAAUGUCAAUCGCGAUUUAUUGUCUCCUGUGAUUCAUAGGUAA